AUGGCGAAGCUCCAGCUUGAACUUAAACAACAACAACACAGAAAUCAAAUGCUUGAAGAUCGUGUAAAAGCAGCUGAACAAGAGAGAGACUCGCUCCUCUUAGCUUUAAAGCUCCUUACACAAGAUCAACGCCAUUCCCAUGAAAAACAAAUUAAUGCUAAUGACCGGGAUGACUUUCAACAACCGAAUCGAGAUACCCAUGCAAUCCCGCUUAAAAAUCAAUUCUCUUCUCUUGCUGUCGAGGAGACAAGUGAAAGCGUAUCUGCUUCAACGACAAACCUCGAAAAUCAAUCUAAAAGGAAGCGUGAUAAAGAAGAAAUUGUUCUUAUUGGUGAUUCAAUAGUGAAACACAUCGACCCUCGAAAACUUACAAAGAAAAAUGUUCAUAAAUUUACAUACCCAGGGAAAACUGCCGAAGAUAUUGAAAAGGAACUUAACAUUAUUAAUAUUCAAUCAUCUCCCUCCCACGUAAUUGUUCACGCUGGGACAAACAACAUUCCGAUAGACUCAACCAAAGUAUGUUCGAAGAAAUUAGAAAGGCUUGUUAUCAAAACCAAAGCAAAAUUCCCUAAUUCAAAAGUUUGUUUAUCUGGAAUUACGUUUAGACAGGAUAUAGAACAAGCAACUAAAAUACAGAAAGUCAACAAGAAACUCGAAGAAAUGGCUGCAAAGAACGAUGUUAUGUUCAUUGAUAACUCUUCCAUUGAUCACACAUGUUUAAAUGGGAGCAAUCUACAUCUUAACGGCAAAGGUUCAGCAGUCCUGGCUUCACAUUUUAUUACCUUUCUGAGAGGAAAUCAACCCCGUGUUGUUCAAGACACGACUCGUUCUGAGAAGGAUUUUCGUAUGGCAACAAUCAAUCAAAUAGGGGACAUGCUGAAAGCGAUACUCGUGGGGAACUCUCGCAAAAUUCAACAAUAA